AUGAUACCUCUCCGAGGUCCUGUCUUCCUUUCUCCUCGCUGCCGUCACUUCCCUCCUUUCUUUUCUUCUUGUAUUGGCCACCCUCCUACUGCCGCCGUCAGGCAUUCUGCUGCUGCACAUGAAUCAGCACCAGCAGCGGCAGAAGCAGAUGCCACCGAAAGGACAACAGCAGAAACAUCAGAAGGGAUAGGAGCAGCAGCAGUAGCAGCAAAAAGGGCAGCAGCAGCAGCAGACGAGACAGCAGCAUCAAGUGGCGUCGAUGCAAGGCAAUCUUCAUAUUUAAUUACUUCGUCUUUUCACCCCCAUAUUCCACUUCUCUCUUCUUUCCAGCAACGGCGGACGUCUCGCGCCUUCGCAACCAGCAGCAGCAGCAGCAUUAGCAGCAGCAACAGCAGCAGCAGAGGCAGUGGUAGUACAAGUAGUAGCGAUCAUGAUGGAAACAUCAGAAGCGGCAGCAAUGGCGCCAGCACCGCUGCUUCCGCAACCUCUUCAAGCAGCAGCAGCAGCAGCAACAGCAGCAGCAGCAGUAACAGCAGCAGCAGCAGCAGCAGGCCUACCUGGCCCUCGUGCAAGUCGUUUUGUCCUUCUGCGUGCAGCAGCAGUAACAGCAGCAACACCAGCGGUAGCAGCUGUACCAGCCGGAGCAAGGGCAGCUGCAGCAACAUGAGCAGCAGCAAAAGCAGCAGCAGCAGCAGAAGCAGCACCAGCAACAGGCCUGUGGACAGCGUAUUUCGUGGGUAUUUGUUUGAUCGUAUGGCGGAGUCUCCUCGCGCAGAUGUUUCUUCUUUUCUUCACCAAGAGGCGCUGGCUGCAUGCACUUUAAAGACAGUGCGGCUCCCGCGCAGCAUUGUGUACAAGCUGCAGCUGCUGCUGCAGCAUGUAGGGAAGAAGAAAGACUUAGAAAAGAUAGGAAAGCUCCUUGCAACAAAAACAACAGCAAGGACAUCUGUAGAGCUCCCGAGAGUGCUGCCCUCUGUGCUGCUGCCGGAGGCGCAGCAAAUCGUUAAGGAAGCUAUCGCCAGCAAACAACUACAGCAGCAGCAGCAGCAGCAGCAACAGCAGCAGGGAGACGAGGAUGAGGGUUCUCGUUUUGCUGCUGCUGCAGCAGCAGCAGCAGAGAAGGUGCAGCAGCAGCAAGGGAGCAGCAAGUCGUUGCUGCUUGGGCGUAACACGAAGCAGCUGCGCUCGUUGCCUGGUGUUGCUUCUUUACUACCUUCUUUGAUUCCUUCAGAAGGCCUUAUAGAACAAGAGGCCCUCGCAGCAGCAGAAGAUGCACGUCAUAGGCUGUAUAGACAGCUGGUCAGCGGGUAUUCCCCCUUAACUGCUGCUGCAUGGACAGCACAUCGUUUUGCUGCUGUUUAUGCAUCUUUGCUGCGUAUUCUCGUUGAAGUUAAACAAAGAUGUGUAGACUUCAAGCCUAAAAGAGUAUUAGAAAUGAAUGCUGGAUUCGCAGCAGGGUUAAUAGCCCUUCAUGCGGUGUAUGGGGACCUCCUCAAAGGCGACGAAGCAGCAAUGCCUAGGAAGCAGAACAGAGCGAAGCCCAUACAAACAGAAGCAGCAGAAUUAGCAGCAGCAGCAGGAGCAGCAGCAUCAGGAACAGCAACAGCAGCAGCAGGAGCAGCAUGUGGGGAAGGUGAAAGUAUAUUUGAAUUGUUGAUGGCAGUUGAGCCGUCUGUACACCUGGCGAGUGUAGGAAAGUAUUUAUUGAGCGAUAUAUCUCCAGCUGUGCAGUGGCAGCUAGGAUUAUAUGAAGAGGGUUUAGGAGGUAAUAAAGAAGAUGAAGGCUUUGAUUUAAUCUUGCUUCCUCAUGGGUUGCUGCGCUCAGUAGAAGGACAGCCGCCUCGUAAUGCGUUGGUGCGCCUUCUAUGGAAUCGGCUGCGUAGAGGCGGUAUAUUAGUAUUAUUAGAGAGAGGUACAGCAACUGGCUUCCGCGUACUGCAUGCAGUUAGAGAGAUGUUUAUAACAGAAUUAACUUCAAAUGCCUUUCACUUCGUAUCUCCUUGCCCUCAUGAAAAUCUCCUCAUCGUUAUGAGCGUAUUGCUAUUACUAAAUACAUGUCAUAUUCAGCUGGUUAUAAACAAGCAAGAAAUGCAGCGUGGGGGGACCUGUGGAGACACCCGAGAAGAAUCAUACGCCCUCAAGCCAGGGGCUAUGCGCUGCCUCAGCUGCAGCAAAUAG